CUCUGUUCGCUUCCGGCAUUUGCGGUUCUUGUCCGUCGCUGUCCGCGUCUGGCCUUCCUGCAGCUUCCCGCAGCUCCUCAGAUGCAGACGUGGUGGCCCUGCCCAUGGCACACACGACCCAGAAGCCCAUGAGUACGGAAGUCUGCAUCCACACCUGGCCAUGCUCCUAUUACUUAGAGCCUCAGAAGCGAUGGGUCCCUGGAAAACUGGCCUUAACUCCACAGUCACUGAAAUUCACGGCAGAUGAUUCUGGAGAGUUGCUGGUCAGCUUUCCCCUGUGCAGCAUAGUGGAGUUGAAGAAGGAGACUUCUCACUGGAUCUUCAGCUCCAUCACCGUCCUGGAGAAGGGCCAUGCUAAGCACUGGUUCAGCUCCCUGCAGCCCAGUCGCAACGUCGUCUUCAGCAUCAUUGAGCACUUCUGGAGAGAGCUGCUGCUGGGAGCCGCUGGGGAGACCACAUCCAGCCCCAGCACCAGGGGGAAGGAACUAACCAGCCUCAUGGCCUCUUCCCAGAGACGUCUGGAGGACACAGCAAAAGUCCUCCACCAUCAGGGCGAGCAGCUGGACAGCGUGGCUAAAAACCUGGACAAGAUGGAGUCAGACCUAGACAUGGCAAACAGAUUGCUGACAGAACUGGAGUCUCCAUCCUGGUGGCCCUUCAGCUCCAAGCUCCGGAAGCCACCACCAGAAAUGAAGCUCUGGGAAGGCGCCUCCGUGGCCAGCUCUGAACCUUCUGGAAAAGAAGGGGUAGUGCUCACAGUGCCUGCUGUUAUUUCCCAGAGAACAGAGUCUCAUGUCAGGCCUGGAAGGCUCACCGUGCUGGUGUCCGGGCUGGAAAUCCACGACCGCGGUGCCGUUCUUAUGCACAGGUUUGAGAAAGGAGAUGUGGAUGAGAUCCAGAUCCACUCCCCCUAUGAGAUCAGCCUACGCCAGCGGUUUGUUGGCAAGCCUGACGUGUCCUAUCGUGUGCUGUCUGCCCGGAUGCCAGCAGUCAUCCCCAUCUUAGAAGUGCACUUCAGCAGGAAGAUCCAGUGGUCAGAAGAGGCCUUGAUGCUCAGAAGCACCAGAACAUGUCCCCGUGCAGAGCAGAGCUGCCCUGCCUGGCAUGCAGCAUCCUGUCUGCUAGGCCGAGCCGUGCACGACGAGCUGCCCGCAGGCAGCCAGGAGGGUGGACUGCCACUGCAGGUGAGCCAACCGCUCCUGUCUGAAGGGGACGCCCAGCAGCUGAUGCAGAUCCUGAGGAAGCUAAAGGGGCUGGCCCUGGAUGCUGAGGCGGAGCUGGAGCGGCAGGAAGAGGCCCUGGAUGGCAUCACUGCAGCUGUGGACCGGGCAACCUUGACUAUUGACAAGCACAACAGGCGGAUGAAAAGGCUGACCUAGCAGCUGAGCACCGCGGCUCCUGCUCCCGCCUCUCCUCGGAGGCUAUUCUCGGCUGUUGUGUCCCCUGGGGAACAGCUCAGGGCUGAGAGUCGCAGAGGUCCUGCCCAGGGGCCUUGGGUCAUGGCCUAGAGUCCUUCCUGUCGGCAGGCAGGUCCCAGUCCCAUGACGCCACUGCACAGUCAUGGCUCAAUUUCCCCAAUGUCAAAACUAGUCAUGUUGUUGUGUUUUCACCAUUUUUCUGAGCAUAAAAUGAAGAUCUGAGUCCUUAUGACAAAUGUGGCCACAUGUUCUCAGCUCUGUGCCCAUCUGGACACCUCAGGCAUGUCUGUUAGUGACACAGAGGAAGAGACCCUUCCUCAGAUGUGCCCUCUGCCCUGUGCACAGCCCAGCACAGUCCUGGGGGCUCGAACCCCACCCUCCACCCCAUCAUGUGUCCCCUGUUCUUGGGUGGACAGGUGGCUUCCUCUGCAGGUGUUUCGUGACUUUGUAACUGAAGUCCAAUGUCCAGGACACCUCCAGGCAUCCCAUUAAUGCCCUACAUCAUCUUCCACUGCCCAGGUUUUAGCACAAAGUGAAAAUAGUAUGGCUGCACCUUUGAACAACAUGUCAAUGUCUGCUUUUGAUGCCCAUUUCUAUGCAGAAAUAAAAGGAAAUGCCAAUUU